UUUGUUCUACAGUACACCGUCAUAGUAUGCGCUAUGCGUUAGACCUGUUUAUGAGUUGAAAACAACGUGUUUAAGUAGCCUCAGUAAAGACCAUUCCACAAAGCUGAGCUUAACGCGCUUAGCACUCCACCGCCUUGACGAAAUGGAGAAAAUCCUGGUAGUUGUCGUCCUGUUGGCCGGGCUGCUGGGCCUGGUCUGCGGCGGCUGUCCGCGUUACAUCCCCAACGGAAGACCCAUCGACAACUGCCACACCGACACCGACUGCAUUCGCCGCGGAUGGGGCAGCAUGUGCUGCAGCUACUGCGGCGCCAAUGGCUGCAACAGGUACUGCCGCGGAACCGGCUCCAACGGCGAUGCGGACAUUGGAGGCGGAAAUCGGCGCAAGCGAUCCACAGAGACGGAGGAUACGCGUGAGCUGGUUCGUGUGGAGAGGGCGAUUCCCCUGACCACCUGGGCAGCCAUGGUGGCCGCCGGGGGAACGGCGGCUGGUGGGGCCGCAGCCAUUGCGGCGGCCGCCAAGAGCGGCAGCCCAGGUGCGCCUCCUGCCGGACCGCCAGCUAACGAUUUCGGAGGAAUGGCGGGCAACGGUGCCACUCCGUUCGGAUCGGGUGGCAGCUAUGCUACGCCCUGGGGAGGAUAAGCCUGUUGGAUUAUACGUACUUUAACUUCGAAAUGACCAAUCAUAUGUGUACAUCCCGCAACCGUUUUACAAUUCUGCCCGUCUAUCUCUGAGAUCUGGCGUGGCUCAGUAAGAGAGUUUUACGGCGUUCAAACCUGUUUUUUUGUACUCCCUAAGGCAGACUCACUGGUGUACUUUAUGAAGGUAACCAGAUUUCUGAGUUAUCUCAAUGUCUUUGGCCUUGGGUGUACGUGCGGGUGUGGAAUAAGAAAAUAAAGGGCAGAGAAACGGAA